UACUGGACCAAACAAUCUGAUUGGCACGCGAGGACGCCGCCGUACAAUGAGGAAUCUAACAACGGGAAUCGGCUUCAAUCUUUUCGAGAUGAUGGUUUGGACAUGCGGUCUCGGCGGGCGGCGAUCGUCGGAUUGACCGUAGACGAGCUCGAAGGUCCCGAAGUGGGCUGGAGUCACGUGAGCCACGACCUGGUUUAAAUAGCCUUCCACCUUCUUCUAGCCCUCUCUUUCCUUUAUCGCCGCAGAUGUGCUUGGACGCCUCACUUCCCCUCGCUGCCAAAACGAUCGUGUCCAUUUUUAGUACCCACUCGUCCACAUACAUAUGUAAGGAAACCUGUUGCAUGUACAUACUGUAAACGCCUCCUUUUGAUGAGCAGAACAAUUCACUUGGUUUAUAACAUAUCCACAGCACCAUGAGGUUGCGCGAGCUCAAUCCCAACGAUGUCAUCAUCGUGCAGCAAAACGAGUCCCUGCGCUGGGUUGUACCCGGCUUCAUUCGCGGGACCCGCCAGCUCAAAGGCCGCGAAGGGGAAGUGAAGGCAGUCACCGGUCCGUACGGAGAAAGAGCGGCUAGGAAAACGUACUUCAAGAUACCGACGACUCCCAAGGGGGAACCCGUCAUCAACAUCGAGAUAGAGAUAUACGCGGCCUUGCGAGGGCACCCCUAUACGCUGGAGUUCCUGGGAGGGGCACAGCGACAAAAGAAGCGAGGCCCCCCUGUCUUGGAGACCUACUUGUUCCCGUGGUGCAACAACUCCCUAGCCGAUCUGCUUUUUGGGGAUUCGGAUCCCACCACCAAAGUCCGCUGGUUUUUGGCGCUCUCGAGCCAAGAGAAGUGGGUGCGAUACUGCACCAUCUUCCUGCAGCUUUGCCAUGCGCUCGCUCUUUUCCAUUCGCUCCCGGAGCCGAUCAUCCACCAUGACAUCAAGCCAUCCAACAUCUUGUUCCAUCCGGACACCCACGCCAUCAUCUACAUCGACUUUCGGAGUGGCGCGUAUCUGCGGAGACGGAACCACCGCGUACGCCGCAGGGGCGACGGCGACGUCUUAGGGAAAGCCCAGGGCAAGGAUUCCGCCAAAUUCAGAAACUACCGCAAGGAAAACCGCGUGCGGGUGGGAGAUAAAUGGGAGCGGGACCCCAAGUACCGAAUCGUGCACUUUGAGGAUGGGCAGGGGGACGACUCUUUCGCCGGACACCUCAACGUGGUGGGCGCGUACAUCGAGCACCUACGCCAGCCAAACCUUGCAGGCAAGCUAUGCGACAUCACCUCCGCCUGCCUCUCCACAGAUCCUCGCGCCCGCCCGUCCGCCUCCGCCCUGUACAGCAUGAUGCGGGAAGCCGUCCUCGGGGAACUGGACGACGCAGCCCAGGCCGAGUUUCCUCCUUUUCGGAAGAGUCCUGAGAACUCCGCGACGGUUCUCAGGACUCUUCCGGACACCUCAGAUGACGAGGAAGCUUCACUGAUCCUCGCGCCCGGGUUCUUCGGGAAAGACUCCAGAGGGCCCUGUGGCAAAACUGAUAUGAGUGGUGCACCUGAGUCAAUCGUAUUGGCGGAGAAUAGUCUUUCCACGCCUUUACACCCGCGACAGUGGCGUACUCUGCUCGAGCACGCGGGGAUUUUCGCGAGAAAUCCGGGAGACCGCCGCGGCCAACUGGGUGUCCUUUUCGCGCUCCGCACUCCAUGCUACUCGAUGCCUUAUCACCGGUACACUCCCAGAGCCCAGAUUCCAUCCCCUCAUCGAAAUCUCUGA